UGACAUUCGGUUAUCAGUCCUCUUCAAAUCAAAACAGAACAAGACGAACAAGAGAAGAUACGAAAAAUAGUUUCGACUCAGACAACGACAUUCUACACUUUAAUUCAAUAAGAUGGCAGAAACUAUUAAUCCACCAAGUGAAAAUCAACGUAUUGUAAUUAUACCCGGUAUGGGAUGUGUACCCGUACGUGAAAGCAAUUGGUAUUCGUGGCUUCAAGAUAAACUCGAAAGUGAUGAAACCGGUCGGUUUACUGUUGUGCUUGAAGACAUGCCUGAUCCUCAUGCAGCUCGUGAGUCGCAGUGGCUACCGUUUAUACGCGACACACUCAAAUUUGAUGAAAAAACCAUUUUGAUUGGUCACAGUUCUGGAUGUGAGGCUAUUAUGCGACUUCUUGAAAAGGAUAAAGUGCGUGGAAUAAUACUGGUGGCGGCUUGUCACACGGAUCUGGGUGAUGAGAAUGAAAGAGCAAGUGAAUACUACAAUCGACCAUGGGAUUGGGACACUAUACGAUCGAAUGCCGAAUGGAUUGUUCAAUUACAUUCACCCAGUGACAAGUGCAUUCCGGAGGAAGAGGGUCGUUUCGUUGCCGAUAAAUUGAAAUCGGAAUAUAUGAAACUGGAACGGCGAGGACAUUUCAUGGGUCCAACAUUGCCGGAAGUGCUAAAGGUGAUUCGAGAAAAGUGCAAUUUAUAGCGGCUUCCUGUCUGUCUACGCUAAGAAUUUAAUUUUGAAAUAAAUUUUCAUGGAAAUUU